GCAUGCUAGUUUGUUUCCCAUACCAUCACCUUCACUUACCACCUCUUUGCUUUAUUUCCUUUCGUUCUUUCUUUAUUUUCCUUUGUGGAUUCCUUCUCUUAAAUUUUCGACUCAAUUCGCCAAAACUCGGUUACAUAUUUGUUUUUCUCACUAUCAUCUACCUAGCCCUUGAUAUACACAUAACUCUACAAAAUUUCACUCAAUUAAAGAGAAAUGGCAUCAAGCUCUACGACUUCUUCGCGUACUUCUGGUUCCUCCUGGACAACAAAGCAGAACAAGCAAUUCGAAGACGCUCUGGCUUUAUAUGACAAGGACACCCCUGACCGCUGGCAUAAUGUGGCCAGGGCUGUGGGUGGGAAAUCGGCGGAGGAAGUGAAGAGGCAUUAUGAAAUCCUUGUGAGGGAUAUCAUGCAGAUAGAAUCUGAUCAAGUACCUUUACCCAAUUACCGGGCCAUUGGAAGCAACGGGAGAGGAUUUGGUCAUGAACAGAGGCUUCUGAAGAAUCUAAAGCUCCAAUGAAGCAAAAAUUGCGCCUUUGUGGUGGGUGAAUUUUAUAAGAAAAGCAUAUGUAUAAGAACUUAAGAAUGUAAAAUGGACAGUGUAAAAGUGGUUCUUGUAUUCUCUUUUAUCCUGUUCUCCUAGUGUAUGUUGAAUCUGUUCAAUGAAUGCAAAAAAAUCAACUCGAAUAACCAUGUUAU